AUGGCUCCGUCUUUGACCGAAACGCAUGCCCCAGUGGUCCCCAUCCUGGACGACAAGAUCAUUCUCAAGGGCCUCGAACGCCGGCCGCUCAACCCUAGCGGAGCCCUGGAUGCAUUUGAGUCCUUCGAUGUCACCCCGGUGAUUGGCCGCGAGUUCCCCAAUGCCAACCUCAAGGACUUCCUGCGAGCCCCCAAUUCUGAUGACUUGAUUCGAGACCUGGCCAUUACAAUUUCCCAACGCGGCGUCGUCUUCUUCCGAAAGCAAGACGGGCUCAACGAUGACCUGCAGAAAGAGCUUAUCCAAAGACUCGGUGAGCUUUCCGGCAAGCCCUCAACCUCCGGUCUGCAUAUCCACCCCAUCGUCAACUCCGGCCGCGAGGAGGGCGUUGCGGACGACGAAAUCAGCGUCAUCAGCUCUAACCAGCGGAAGAAGCUAUACGCCCAUCGCAACCAGCAAAGGCAGACAGCUCGGCACGAGUGGCAUUCGGACAUCACCUUCGAGCCCAUUCCCUCCGACUAUACGGCCCUUCGCCUCACAGAGCUCCCCAAGACCGGUGGUGCCAACUCGCUAACCCCAUUCCCAAAAGACACCCUCUGGGCCUCUGGCUACGAGGUCUAUGACCGUCUGUCCGAGCCAUACCAGAAAUUUCUCGACGGCCUGACUGCAACCUACGCACAGCCACGCUUUAACGAAGUCGCCGCGAACAACAACUUCAAAGUUCACCCCGGCCCGCGCGGUGCCCCUGAGAACGUGGGCGAAGAGCUCCUCGCCGAGCACCCCGUGGUGCGGACGAACCCGGUCACAGGGUGGAAGAGCAUCUUCGCAGUGGGCACACAUGUCCAGAAGGUGAACGGGGUGACGGAAGAGGAGAGCGCGCACCUGCUGCAAUGGUUUGUAAAGCUGAUCCAGGAGAACCACGAUCUGCAAGUCCGGCUACGCUGGCAGAACCCGAAUGACAUUGCUAUCUGGGAUAAUCGCUCUGUUUAUCAUGCCGCUACCUGGGACUAUGAGGAGGUUGGCCCGCGGACAGGGCAUCGAGUUGUAGGGCUUGGAGAACGGCCAUACUUCGAUCCCAAGAGUAUUAGUCGACGACAGGCGUUGGCAGAAAGCGAAGAAGUGUCUAGGUGA